ACAUUGCAAUUUGCAAGACAUUACUCAUUACUGGUUAAGGAAUUUGCAAAUAUGAAAUUCUGGAAAAACAGUGUAGCACUGUAGUAAUUAAUUACUGACACCUCUGAUCAUCUGAUGUUUUGGUUUGUAACCGUUUGUUCGCGAGAUUUAUGGCAUCGCUUUCGGUAAUUUGAAGAACCUAUGGCUAAUCUCGAGAGCUACCGUCGCUAUUUGGAGGGAAGUGGAAAUGGCCUGCAUUUUGGAGUUUGUCUUGAUCAGGGACAAAAGAAAACAAUGGAGGACAGCCACACAGCAUCCGUUGCGCUGGAUGGGUCUUUUAGUUCGUGGUCUUUCUUUGGUGUGUACGACGGGCAUCGGGGGGAUACAGUCAGUCAGUACUGCGCCGCGCACCUGCUACGCUGUAUUAUGAACACAGAAGAAAUUUCCCAGCUGUACGAAGAGGUUCUUCCUGCGCAAGAGAAAGAUGAUCUGAUCAGGCGAGGAUUGGUGAAAGGAUUUCUACGGGUGGAUGAAGAGUUGCGACAACUGUCGGAAAUUCAGUCUGGUGCUGUGCAGGGUGGAUCAACAGCCACCUGUGCGUUGGUAACGCCGGAGUGGAUCUAUUUGGCCAACUGUGGCGAUAGUCGCGGUAUGAUUGUCUCGCAACAGGGCACCGUCGUUCUGGCCACCCGCGACCACAAGCCCAACACCAAGACCGAACGCCAACGGAUUGAGCGCGCCGGAUUAUCGGUGGAGCGGGGGCGCGUGGUGGGUGUUGUUAAUAGCCGCAUCGCCAUGUCGCGCAGUCUGGGCGAUUUCCGCUACAAAGCGGCCUCGACGCUGGACGCGCUGCAGCAGGCCGUCAGCCCGGAGCCCGACAUCUUCCGCUGGAGCCGGACGGCACAGGACGAGUUCAUCGUGUUGGCCAGCGACGGCGUUUGGGAUACGCUGUCAAAUGACGGUGUGUGCGGAGUAAUUCGUCGUGGAUUGCAAUUCACUAACGAU